AAAUGGGAACUACUCAAGAAAUCGAAAAAUGACAGUACAUCUUAAUUUUAUUUUGUACUUACCGGGAACCUCCGUUCCCAGCAAGGUCGCACCUGUGACUCCGUUGCAAGAGAGUUUGCCCUGAAUCAAAAUGGAUUAGGUGCAACUCACUCACUCACUUCAUAGUCUCCUUACUUCUCCUCAGUGAACCCUAGUGAACCCGAGCACCCGAACUACAGUGCUACGUUCUACAGUCGGACAUGCGGUGUUGAGCCUUAGGUUGGUCACGGUCCCCGCUGCUGCUGCCUGGAAGUGUUAAGCAAGCUGUUACGUCUAGCGAAAUUACCUGUUGUUAAAACGUUGGCGGUAAAAUCGUAAAAAAUGUGACCUAGAGUGAGGCAAUUGGGAAAUAAUGUCAUUCGCAGAAUAUUGGGCGGAUUAGCUGGCCAAAGGGCAUGGAAAAAACUCUGAUACAGGGGAUCAAACGACUGCGCGUGCUCACUCCUUAUGACUAUGACAACAUGGAUGAGUUAGUGCAAGAUUUGAGCACUGCGUUAGAAGAAAGUUCCGCACCCAGGCACUCAAGGGGUCUCCCAUGGUGGCACGGGACGCAAGGGGGAGCAGCUCCAAGAUCAAGUGCCAUCUCUGGUGAUGACUCGGAAUCAAGCCUCGAUGGACGUGGUUGUGCACGUAUGCUGGAAGUUGAGGCAGCCGGACAGAGUGACUCGGACGAACAACUGUUGCAACGUCUGUGUGCCUGGCGACGGGGGCAGUACAAUGCAGCAGAGUCUGACUCUGUCAAUGAAAACUUCCUUCCCAUGCCGCCGAGACCUCAGCACAGGCGGAAAAGAAAGUUCAAGAGAAUGGCUGUUGACCCUCCUUCUGUACAUGUACAAGACGCCAGUUCGGCAUCAUCACAUGCUGAGCAAAAGGAAGGUGCGAGGCGUUCAAAGACGGCAUCCUCAGUGAAACCUGAAAGAGGGCUUGACUCAGCAGCACCAGGAACCACUUUAUGCGGCAAACGCAAACGCAGCAUCCGGGAGCGCAGCCUCGAGUCAUUAGGUAGAGUGCAUCGACGCUCUGAGUGUUGUGACGAUAUGGAACUUGAAGUAUGUCAAGGGCCUGUAAAACCACACGGUGAGUGCAGCAGCAGUAGCAGUUUGAGCAGUAGUGAAAGUGAUGCAGGUAUACACACCAAUGAUGAGGGCAGAGAAGGGGACGACGAGCAGAGCGACUUCUUCCAUGAGACAGGUCCUGCAUGUGGCAUUCCGGGCAUUAUAGCAUGGUGGGAGGAAGAGUCUGUGGGUGACAUGGAUGCUCGCUUGACGGCUAUACUUAGAGGAAGUCUGCCCCACAUGUCACAUGCUGCACAACGUGCUUGCAAGGAAGGACGUCAGUUUCGCGCUGGUAGACGAAGGCUUGGAAAAUCGAUGCUGUCUGUGUCCUUGCCCCUACCAGACAACCUUUCUGGCCGCCACUCUCCCCGAGCUGAUUCAUGUCGAAGUGGAGGCGUGUUGACAGAACGCAUGGUACAUGGAAGGACCUGUGUGGGAGACAUAAAGCGCAGGCGCCGUACUCCACCCUCUGCUCCUCUCAUACCAGGCACAAGUGGACCAUCUACCAGUUCUCGAAGUCUUCCGGAUUGGAAUGUUGGGUGCCAGAUGCUUCGUCGCAUGGGGUGGGAGCCAGGAAGUGGGCUUGGUGCUAAUGGGACAGGGAUAGUGUAUCCAAUUAUGGCACGCAUGAGGCCAAAGUUACAAGGCUUGGGAUUCCGGGACCCCUGUCCACCCCCUCCUCCUCCUUCCCCACAGCCAGGAGGGAUCACUCAAGAACAUCCGCUCUCUGCCAGCUGAUCACAGCAAUAGGCAUGGCUGAUAUGCUACACUAUAGCAGCAAAUCUGAUACACAUCAUUAGGCACCGUAGACAUCGGUUCACCGGGACAUGCAGAAGGUGAACGUCCCUGAAAGGGUCCUGCAAGGGCCCAAUUGACUGGAGAAUGAAAUGUUGAUGUACUUGUAGAAGAAGCAUGGUUUCUUAUCUACACCAAGCAAGGUGCUGCGUUCUGGACAGAAGUGGUUUUCUUUGGGAACACAGCAAAGUGCAGAUGCUGUCCUUGCCUCUUCGAGGGUUGCAGAACAAUGGGGCAAAAUUGGAUUUGUGAAGGAUGCAUUGUGACUGUUAGUUAGUUGGGAGUACUAUUAUAGAUAUGUUAUUUCACUAAUACAUUGAAAGAGUAUCAUCCAGAUGCCUACAUCAUCAUGCUAGCAGUUCUAUGUAUAAAUAAGAUGUAGCACCUCUGGGUUGAUCUGGGAGCCUAGCAAUUUUCGGAGAUAGUGUCGUCAGUAUUAUGGAAGUUUUGUGAAUAGACGAUUUCAGGAAAUCCCAAUGCUCCUUGCGCAUGCGUUGCAUUCUGGGUGCUAUUGUCAUGGGGGAAGGGAAAAUAGUCCUUCACGUUUCAGUUUCUCUGACUUUGACACAUCGUGAACUAUGGGCAGACAGAGGAGAAAUUGAAACAGUUUGGGGGCCUUUUCCUUCUUUCCAAUACACGAGUUCCUACAGUUCAGCGGCGCUAAGCACUCUGGGAUUUUCCGAAGUCGUCUAUUGUCUUGGAACGAUACUGCUAUUGAGUCUUUGUAUAGGCCGUAUAGUUUGGCUUCCAUUGUAAGAGCUGUGGAGACUGAUUUACUACUGCACUACAGUGCUUCCAAGCCAAUGUAACAUGUGCACUAAGUUCCAUUAAAUUGACACAGACACUUAAAUUAUGACAUACAGAUGAUUUGGAGUUAUUGGCCAUCAUUAGAUGAUGGCUGGUUACACGGUAAUAAGCUUGAGUCUGCACAUGAGUUUGAUGGAAGUGCCACAUUACAGAGUCUAACACUUCGUGCUGCUCUUGCAUUUAAUUAAUGUACAGGUUUCUGUUCACCUGCUUGUCUUGUUGCUUUUUUCACAUAUUCAGAAUAUGUACACCACUCCAUCUAACAGGUCUUUUAAUUUCGUUUUUGGGCUGCUUACUCUUAAAUGUGUUUUUAGAGUUGACAAAUUGAGACCAUCAAGAGCAACAAUGUCAGAGAGACACAAAGAAACACAUCAACUGUUGAAUGUUUCUUGAAUAUUUUGUCCAGAAUUUUUAACAUAGCAAACCAAUCACGUUCAGGUACUUUUUGGAGAUAUUUUACUGCUUUUGUGGAGCAAAAUUUGUGCCACUGUACAUCUGUGAUACCACCUUCCACUUGGGGUAUCUGCUGACCCAAGCAGGGACAUAAACUUCUCUGCUUCAUUUUUCCAUUCUAUAGGGUGUCCUCUUUGCUUUCUUCAUUACCUUGGACACACAGAUGUGCAGACACAGCCUUGGACAUACAGCCUACAAAAUGUAAUGAUGAGGCAUUUUUUCUCAUUAUAACAUGUCUUGAGCUGUAUGAACUGAAAUAAAAGGGAAGCUAAGAAGG